AUGGAGCAAGUAAAGCGUCAACAAAAUAAUUUGUUUGAUAAUUAUGAUGAUAGCAAGAGAAAAAAGAUAGCAAGUAAAAGUCACGAUUGUUUAUCGAGAGAAACUAUUACAAAUUUUGAAGUUCUUUCUAAUGAACUUAUUUAUGAGGUAUUUGAAUUUCUCGAUUAUUUUCAUAUAUAUAAGGCUUUUUUCAAUCUUAACAUACGAUUUCGCAAUCUUCUUACAAAUUCAAGUCUUCCUAUUAAAGUCAAUAUUUCAUCCAUAUCUAAAUCAGCUUAUCAACAAUAUUAUACAGAUAUUAUCAGGACCAAUGCCUAUCGAAUUAAUUCACUUCGAUUAUCAAAUUUAUUUAUUUAUGGUCUUACAUCGUCACCAAUUCAAAUUCUAUCAAAAUUUCUUCAACUUGAAAGACUGAUUCUUGAUAAUAUUGAAUCAGAAUAUUUGAAAAAACUUCUUCAUUCAUUAAAAUCUUUGUCUAUGCUCUCUUCAUUGACUAUUACUUCACUUGAUAGUAUUAAAAAUAAGAAUGCUAUCUAUCAUCAAAUAUUUUGUCUACCUGCUUUGAAAUAUUGCAAGGUGUCCUUGGAAGGAUAUUCUAACAAUGAUGAUCCAUUACCAUCAAUUACUAAUGAUUACAGUCCAAUCGAACAUCUAGUCAUCAACGAUGAUAUGUACUUGGACGAACUUAAUUGCUUGACAUCAUAUGUUCCUCAACUUCGUCGUUUUUCAAUUCAACUACGACCAGAAUAUUGGAAACAACGGACAAAAAUACGUCCACCUACAUUAAAUCAUUUGACACAUGUUUUUCUCAAAAUGAAUUACGUAAAUUUUAAUCAAUUCGAACAAUUAGUCAUUGAUCUUUUCGCUACAAUUCAAUUUUUACGCAUUUCAAUAACAUAUAAUGGUGAUAUGGAAUAUAUGAAUAAUAAAAGGUGGGAACAACUGAUAUUAUCUCAUAUGCCGAAUUUACGUAUAUUUGACAUCCGAUAUGAACGUUGCCUUUAUAAUAUACCUCCUGAUGAUAAUAAUCAGUUGACAUUAGAUAGUUACAUCAAUCAGUUUACAACUCCAUUUUGGAUUGAACGACAAUGGUUUUUUGCACUUCGAAGAAAAAGUUAUACAUUAUCACAGACAUCAAAUCAAAAAACUUGUUUAAACUCUUCCGAAACUAAUCUUAGAAAAGUUCGUCAUGUUCGAAUUCAAUGUGAAAAAGAACUGAUCAAUUGGAAUAGUCAAAAUAUGGCAUCAGAUAGUGAUUAUGAUAUUUCUGAUUAUAAUUCAGGUCAAGAUCCUUUCGAAAUCGAUUAUUAA